CAGUAUUGUCAUCUGAUGUGGAAUCUAUCCUACACAGAUGAAAGCCUGGCAGAUUUAGGAGAGUUGUGUGGGAGGACUGCCAAUACCAUUUCCCUGGCACUACAGAUGUCUGCCUGUGGAGAAGCAGGAAGGGCUCUACAAGAUUCAAGACCAAAAAAAAUGGCAUUAGUAGCAGCUGACUCACAACAGAAUGUGGUAGCCAGGGUUGUUAACCUUCCCUUGGUGAGUUCCACCUAUGACAUGGUGUCCUCUGCCUAUGUCAACACAAAAGAUAACCAUCCCUAUCUGAAAUCAGUAUGUGAGAUAGCUGAGAAAGGAGUGAAGACGAUGACUGCAGUGGCCAUGACAAGUGCUAUGCCUAUCAUCCAGAAGCUGGAGCCACAAAUUGCAGUUGCCAACAGCUAUGCAUGCAUAGGACUGGACAAAAUUGAAGAGAGGCUGCCUAUACUAUAUCAACCAACUGACAAGGUGGUCGCCAAUGCCAAGGAUGUAGUUGUUGGUGCAAGAGAUGCUGUAACAAUCACUGUGACUGGUGCCAAGGAUACUGUUGCCCAUACAAUUACUGGAGUCAUGGACAAGACUAAAGGAGCUGUGUAUGACAGUGUGGAAAUGACUAAGUCAGUUGUCAAUGGCAGCAUUAACACUGUCCUGGGAAGCCGUGUGGUGCAGAUGGUGAGCAGUGGGGUGGAUAGCGCACUCAGCAGGUCGGAGACUCUUGUAGACCAUUAUCUUCCACUUACUGAAGAGGAGCUAGCAAAAGAAGCUACAAAGGUUGAAGGAUUUGAAGCUGGAGUUCAAAAGCCAAGCUGCUACAUUAGACUCGGAUCCUUGUCUUCAAAGGUCCGCAGCCGUGCCUACCAACAGGCCUUAAUCAGGGUUAGAGAUGCUAAGUACAAAAGCCAAGAGACCAUUUCACAGCUCAAUUACACUGUUAAUCUGAUGGAGUAUGCCAGAAAGAACAUGAAUAGUGCCAACCAGAAACUUCAUGGUGCCCAGGAAAUGCUAUAUCAGUCCUGGGUAGAAUGGAAGAAAAACACAGGCCAAAAUGAUGGUGACUCUCUCAGUGCUGAGUACAUUGAGUCACGCACACUAGCCAUUGCCCGGAGCCUGACUCAGCAGCUUCAGACCACUUGCCUCACCCUGGUGUCAAGUAUACAGGGGUUGCCGCAGAACAUUCAGGACCAAGCCCAUCAUAUUGGGGCAAUGGCAGGGGACGUCUAUAGAAGCUUCCACUCUACUUCGUCUUUCCACGAAGUAUCAGAUAACCUUCUCACCACUAGCAAAGGACACCUGAAGAAAAUGAAGGAGUCUCUGGAUGAUGUGAUGGAUUAUCUUGUUAACAACACACCACUCAACUGGCUGGUAGGUCCCUUUUACCCACAACUGGCUGGGUCUCAGCUUGCUGAGCACAAGGGUGAAGGGGAGAAAAAUGCCAGCCAGGAUGACAAACAGCAUGAACACAGCACAGAUUAAAUUGCAUAGUGCACACAUACUCUGCUGUCAGAGCUAACAAGGUGACUUAACUACUGUAGCUGUCAGGUGACCUAUGUGGGGAGGGAGAAUAUCCACAGUGUGGGGAUGGUGGAGGCCUAAAGAUAUGAAUGUGUCCUUUCUCUUCUAAGAAGCACUUUCAUAAGAAAAAUGAUUUUGCUGUCCUGUGUAAGUGCCUCUGAAAACAAUGACCAGCAUAAUGUGCCUUGAGGCUUGAAACUUCAGCAACUUACAGCAGUGAAUCACCUUGUUUAGUUACCUGGUUAAGAAGCCUCUUGCCGGACAGCUAAAGUGUCCAAUAUGAUCUUAAAUGGAACUAAUUGCAACCAAAAACUUUGAUAGUCAGUGACCUGUGCAGGAAAAAUAUUAUAGUAUGAUCUCAUUUGGCACUCCAUUUAAAAGUCUUGCCACUCAGCAAGAGAACCUUAUCAAACUUCCACUGUUUCAGUAUCACAGAUUGUGCACUUGGCUAUGAUAGCUCAGACUGUACAAUUGUCUUAAUCACCUCAUUGGACAGGUCACAAAAGCAUAAUGCCUUAAUAUGAAUCUGCCACUUGCUUUGCUUUCCUUUCAAGUAAGGCUUCUAACUUGUUCAGCCAGAGUUGUGUGUUUUUUAUUUAAAUGCUGAGUUUUCAUUGCCCUGACUUUUUUUUUUUCAAAUCUUCUAAAAAAUCCUUAUUUAACUAAAUAAACUAAAACCAGUACUGAAAAUUAAAUCUGCAGUAUGGCAUAUGAACACAUGUUUGUACCAGGGUGCCUAGUUUCAUGUCUUUGUAGUGCUUUUUCACCUUUUUUGUAAUUCAUUUUGUAUGUUCAGUAAUAAAUGCUUCAGCAGCCAAA